GACAAAAAGUGAUCUAUUAAACCUCACUUCUGUCGCCAUCUGAGAUUUGCCAGAGGAAACCCCAGAUGCCUCUCGGGAAGAUUGGAGGGGGAUGAAGUGAAGACUCAGCUAUCCUGAGCCAAAUGAUCGCCAGCCAACUCUUGGCUGUAAAGACACAAUAUAGCUGGAGCCCACUCAGCAGAGUGGGUGCAUUAGAAUGCACCUGCAAAUGCUUUUCUUUGAACAAUUUCAGUAACAUAAUCAGCCAAUUUGCUGUAUUGCAAUGCAAAUGUCACGUCCUCAGGAGUUUUUAAACCAACUGGCCUGAAUUGCAACACUCAGGUCGAUUUCCUGGUUUUUAAAUAAUCUCUGUGGAUCUUGAUAAGGAAGUUGUGGUUUGCUGCUGGUAUAAUGCACACACCCACUUUUCGUGUCACAAGACUGAAAGUUUUCACGAGGCUUAUUCUGACAUUUCCUACUUUAUAAGACAUUGAUGAAAUAAUGGAACCCUUCAGAAAAAUAUGCGAUUCUGUGCUUCAUUUAAAGUGAAUAUGUGAGUCAGAGAUACAGAGAAAUAGACAGUGGUCCAGAUUUGUGUGUGGUGCCCUGAAGAGGCAGCACAAUGGAGGAAAAAUAGGUGGGUGCCAAUGUGAACACCCACUCCUCCUCCGCUUCCAGGGUGCACCACUCCCUAAAUCUGCCAGAACACGCGCAGAAACUUUAACAGUAAAACUCCCCACCCACAGCAGUUCUCCCCCAAAGCCCCCCUCUUUAUUUUCCCGAGCUAGUUCUGUCACAUGAGGGUGAGCUCACGAGGGGUUCAGCACCUUGUGGGCUUCGGUGUUAUAUUUGGGCUCCUCGCGGAAGGGAAAUAUGACGCGCGCGGAUAGAGCGGAGCUGUCCACGCGGGCCACCGAGCCAGCGCUGGCGUGCCGAGGUGCCAAGUGUUCUGGAGCGUUUUCGUUGGCACUGGCAAAAGCGUGCUGUGGCCAGGGCUCGUGACAUGCAUUCCCCCUGAGCUUGGUGACGCCUCCUUCAGCAGCACGGUGGCAGGAUGCCGGUGCAGGCAGCCCAGUGGACAGAGUUUCUGUCCUGUCCCAUCUGCUACAAUGAGUUUGACAGCAGCGGCCACCAGCCCAUCAGCUUGGGCUGCUCCCACACGGUGUGCAAAACGUGCCUGCACAAACUGCACCGCAAGGCCUGCCCCUUCGAUCAGACGCCCAUCAGCACGGACAUCGACCUGCUGCCGGUCAACUGCGCCCUGCUGCAGCUGGUUGGAGCACAGGUCCCAGAUGUUCCUCCUGUGAGUCUGAGCAGUGCAGCAUAUGUUGAGCACUAUGACCUCUGCCGACUGUGUGUAGAAGAGCUGGCUCUCUACCUGAAACCUAUCAGUGGUGCCAAAGGUGUGGCGAACUUGAGUCCGAGCGUGCUCAGUAGGCCCAUGCAGAGAAAGCUGGUUACUCUGGUGAACUGUCAGCUGGUAGAAGAGGAGGGUCGUGUGCGGGCGGUCCGGGCAGCCCGCUCACUGGGGGAACGGACUGUAACCGAACUCAUCCUGCAGCACCAGAACCCCCAGCAGCUCUCUGCUAACCUCUGGGCAGCGGUGAGGGCGCGGGGCUGCCAGUUUUUGGGUCCUGCAAUGCAAGAAGAUGCACUGAAGCUGGUUUUACUAGCUUUGGAGGAUGGUUCUGCUCUGUCUAGGAAGGUGCUGGUUUUGUUUGUGGUCCAGAAGCUUGAGGCCCGGUUCCCCCAGGCAUCCAAAACCAGCAUAGGCCACGUGGUGCAGCUGCUGUACAGGGCCUCCUGCUUUAAGGUGACUAAGCGGGAUGAGGAUUCCUCCCUAAUGCAGCUGAAGGAGGAGUUUCGAACGUAUGAGGCGCUAAGGAGAGAACAUGACGCUCAGAUUGUCCACAUUGCCAUGGAGGCAGGCCUUCGAAUUUCUCCUGAGCAGUGGUCCUCUCUCUUAUAUGGAGACCUAGUCCACAAAUCACACAUGCAGUCCAUAAUUGACAAGUUGCAGUCUCCAGAAUCAUUUGCAAAGAGCGUUCAGGAACUGACUAUUGUUCUGCAGAGGACGGGAGACCCAGCCAACCUCACAAGCCUUAGACCACACCUAGAGCUACUGGCCAACAUAGACCACAACCCAGAUGCCCCUCCGCCGUCCUGGGCAGAGCUGGAAAGCGUGAUGCUGGCUGUAAAGCUGGUGGUUCAUGGACUGGUGGAGUUCAUACAGAACUUCAGCAAAAAGAGCCAUGAAACUCCACAGCCCCAGGCCAACAGCAAAUAUAAGACCAGCAUGUGCAGAGAUCUUCGUCAGCAGGGAGGCUGUCCCAGAGGAACCAGCUGUACAUUUGCGCACACACAAGAUGAGCUGGAGAAAUUCAGACUGAGGAACAAGAAGAGCGGUAGCGUGGUCCGGCCAUUCUCUUUAGCCAGCAAAGGCCUCAAAGAUGCAGAAGAAAACAUGGAGGAAGCUUCCAGCAUGACACACCCGCUGCUGAUCUCUAGAGGGUCAGGCAGUGUGGAAGAACUGAAAAGAGCUUUGACGAAUGGAACCAGUGGGGCUAACGGGCCUAACAGAACCAAAUCAGGGUCCACAGAGCUGAAGCCCAUGUCCCCUCCCAGGACUCCAGUCAGCCACUCUUCAGCUUCCUCUCCUUUGAGUUCUGCAGGUGGUGCUGAUGUCAGCGCUCCUCUUGCUCGACAUGGUCAGUUCAUCAUCUCCUCUCCUCACCCUUCUCAGGCAUCAGAGCUAUACUACCAGGAACCUCACCCUGGUUAUGACACGGGGCACUUUCAGCCAAACUCAGGUUCUUACUAUCCAUCUGCUCUUCACCCUCCUCACAAAUCCUGCAUGGCUCGGUUCCUUCGGUCCUCCAAUGUCCAGGAAUCCUCGCUGCCGCCUUCGUCUGGCAUUUCCUCUUACCACAAUGACCACCAGGCUCCUCACCCAGCCUCAUCCCCUUCAUCAGGGUUUCCCCCUAGAGACCAGAUGGGAGCCCCCACCUUCCAUCCCCAUCCAGGACAGGGUCAAUACAGACAUUUGGCUCCUGUGCAUGGUGUUUAUGCUCCUCUUUAUGACAGCAGGAGAGUAUGGAGGCCUCAGCUGUACCACAGAGAGGACGCCAGGAGUAACUCACUGCCUCCAGAAGUUCUUCACUCCUCUGUCUACCAGCCUCCACUCAGGGAGCGAUUCAACUCUCUAGAUAGUAACUACUGCUCUGGAGCGGAGCACCGUGCUGGGCUGCACAGGGACUAUGGACGGGUUCCCCUGGGAUAUGAGGAUCUAUUUAGACAGAAGCAGGAACACUGGACUCACAUCCACCACCAUCACAAUCCCAACAGGCCCUCCCAGUCUUCCCCCAUAUUCACCACUGAUUUUGGAGCAGAGCAUGUAGAAAGCAGUGGAGGUCAGUGUAUGGGAUGUAGGUUCAGGGGCGAGGACAGUUUGGCCCGUUACUCUCCGUGGUCCUGCGGUUCUGCCGGGCCCAGCCUUAGCCCCUUUGAGCCUGAACCUCUCAAACACACCCCAGCUCACUCCCAUUCCCACUCGGAGCAUCUGGAAGUAGACUGUAUUGAAGGAGGCCAAGGUGUUGUUAGCGGCACAGGAAAACGAUGGCCGCACUCAUUGGAUCACUACCGACGUUUGAAAGAGGAAGAUCCAAUUAUUCCCUUCAGUGAGGCGCCCAUCAUCUCAAAGUGGGGUGCCAUUUCUAGGGCAUCACGCACAGGUUAUCAUACCACUGACCCCGUCCAAGCUACGGCCUGCCAAGGUAGCGCCAGCACCACAGCAAUAAACUUCAAAGAUUACAACCACCACUUUGAUCACAGCGACUAUAGGUGGAGCUCCAGAGGAUCAGACUCCUCUAGCCACUCCAGUUUCCUCGAGAGUGAGCAUCUUUGUGCAACGGAGCUGAAUGGCCAUCGAACUUCAAUAAGCAGUGGAGAGAAAAUUGUGUUGGACCACCUGCAAGCCCAUCAGACAACCUUCCAACGGGAUCAAAACCGAACAGAAAGCGAAUCUGACCCGGAUCGAGACAUUGAGCUUGAACUGCGAGCGCUUGACAUGGAGGAUUCAGAGCACCAUGGGAUCAAGUCUCAGGAGUGUUUAGAUCUGUCCAACCCCGAGUCUCAGGAUGCUUCCCACCUCCUCCCACCUCCCUGCUCAUCUCCUCUGUGCUCCUCCCCUGUAGAGGAGCACACCCAGUCAGAAAGUCUACUGACAGAGAAAAUGGAUCCACUCCAGCUAAAAAAGAUGGCCUUUAGGAAAUCUCUGUCCCCUAUAGUGCUGGGAUCAGGCAGUCUGGGCAUCAGUAAGCUGGUGCUACAAACCGGACCUCCACAACUACGCGACUCCUCCACCAGGACUCAUCCUGAGACGCCUGGGAAGGAGAUGCUGCUCAAUUGAAGCUAAAGGAACACACAAUCUGUCCUGCACUGAUCAAGAGCUGAGUCACUUCUUCUCAAACAAGAAUCUUUUACAACAGGGAAUUCUUUUCUUUUUUUUUUCCCAAUUUGAAUAGGUGAAGGUGUUUUUUGACAUCUAACCAAUCACCUAACAGAACCUUUGACAUGCAGUGAUUUAAGUGACUGAAGCCAAUGAUCUUCCAGAGCUUCACUCGUGGACUUGGGGGACUAAAUUUGUUAUGCUCCAGUAAAUUCUACAUCCAAUAACAGGUCAUGUUUUCACCACAUUUUUCAAUGUGUGGUUGCUUUUUAGCGUGUGCCUUUGAAGAGUUACUUCCCGUAAAAGCAGGCAUCAAUGAGAAUUUAGGAUCUGUACAGCUUCUUGUAGGAUAAUUUAUUCACUUUUAAAUCUUGAAACGUUGGUCAGUUAUUUUCUGCCUUUUUUCAGUAUUUCCUUAUAUUUUGUGUUUGCUCUCUCUCUCUGGACAGCUUCAUGUGGUCACAGCUUUGGGCCAUUUGGCAAAGUGGCCUUUUUACGUUUUUCGGUGUCUCUUUGUUCCAUAGUAUGCCUUAUUUCAAAGGAAGGGAUAGAAAACAUAACAAGACGUGCUGUGAAACAGACUGUUUCAGGAGAUACUAACUAUCCACAGUUAUAACCCUCUAAGGACUUUUUCAACAAAACUAUUAAUAAACUGUUAUUGAGCACAUAGAAAACACUUUAUCUCAACAUACAAACCCUGCAGAAAGGGUUUUCCUUGCAAAGAUUUAUAUUUAUUUGAAGGAUUCUUUUUAUCUUUGCGCCUGUAGUUUUUAUCCUCAGCUAGUUGAUCCCAUCAGAUCAUAGCCUAACUAGUGCAUUAUGCAUUUAUAAUUUCUAACAAGUGAAACAGAAAUUCUAAAUUGCACUCUGUUAUUUUUAAUAUUAAAAAAUAAUUCACAAAAAACAAUUGGGCUGAACAGAUCAGAUUUCAGAUUGAGGGUAUUUCUGAACAUUUGAGAAAGUACACAUAGCUAAUUUAGCCAAUAUUUAAAGAACAGAGAGAAAAUCUGAAAUCCACUGAUAACAUGACUUUUAAUGAGUCAUAAGAUAUCUAUACAGACCUCUGACUGUCACAGGACACAGUGCCUGUCAAAAACCCCAUUUGCAUAUAUUCUUUGAUGGUUGUAGGUUACAUAGUUUAAUUUAAGUCAUGUUUAUCUUUCUUUUUGUAGAAGUUCUUUACAAUUACUUUUUUUUUCAAUGUUAGCAUUCAUGCACUUAUAAACAAGGACAUUGGUUUGCUUUUGAAGCAGAAAUGAUCAUUUAAGUAAACAUAAAGCAGUCAAAUGCACAAAGAAACUGUGCAGAGAAACAAUAGCUCAAACUGUCCUUGAUUUUUU